AUUUGCAGGCUGAGGAGAGGAGAACAGACAGAUGCAGAAUUUCCCGAUGGGUUUAUGUCUCAUCUUCAUUCCUAUUUCGAUACAGAAACAGCUUACAAGAAGACUUUAAGGAGCUUUCUAAGGUUCAUCCAACGCAAGCAAUAGUAGGUCCACUUGGCAGUUUGAAGAAGGUGAUGAUUUCUUGGCAUUUACAAUAAUGCCCACGCUGAAAAUACCCUGGGGAGUCUCCUCCCGCAACAGCACAUGGGACUUGUCCAGAGCCGCUGCAGACAGCAAAGCUGUAGCUCUGCAAAGUCUUUGUUUUUUGCUGGUCCAUGUCCCCUUCUUCCCCUUAUUUCUUCCCCAUCAUAAACACAGAACAAAAAAGGAGGCACUUGCCAGCCUCCCUGAGCCUGUUUCCUGGUUCUGCAGGUUUCUAAAGUAAAAUGACAGGAGUGCCACCAGCCUUUAAAAGCAAAACUUCUAAUGAUUCUUUCUAGUUGACUGAAAAUCCUGCUCUAAAUUUUGUCUUAGUACUGGCAUAAUCAGUAGAUACAAAGGCUAGACCUCUUUUCUUUUCCCUAGUGAUUGUAAACUGUUCUGAUGCUCAGUCUUUAAAAAGUGGCUUAUGGAAGUAGCAGAAAUUCUGUUCAUGUCUCUCUCAUUAGUUCUCCACAGCCCUCCUUUGGAAGGGCAGGGGCUGGUAAGCUGUCAGGUCAGUAAUUUCAUCUGAAUUAUUCUUUUUCAAGUCUGUUCCAUCUCAGCACUAUUCCAGUAUUCGCGAUUAAACAUUUAAGUUUGGUCUGGUUUUUUUUUUUUUUAAAGUGAGUUUUCUGUUUAAAAGAACUAGGUGAACUGCUCUAAAGGGCAUAUCCUUCCUCACAGACAUUUACCAGGACGGCAGAUACGUACAUGCAGGUAAUGCUGAGCGGGUCCUUUUUAAUGUCUUCCUGGAGCCCCUCGAUGCUCAUACCUCCGUAAUAUCAAAAGCACUUUAAAACCACAGGCUGAAGUGAUGGAAGGACAGAUACAGGAACUGCUGGAGCCAUUGCUGAUGUGGAAUAUGAGAAGAAAGUUUUAAAAUACAGAGCUGUCUGUGGAGAGCCGUGGUUGGGCUGGCAGUGGGACCGAUGGAGCUGGAGCGGGCACUACUGGGCUCCGGCGAUGCAUGGCGAGCUUUCCGGUGAGAGCUGCGAGCAGGCACUCGCCAACUCUGCCUGGAAAAGUCAGUCCCUAGCAGCAGCUUUCCCUGGCCAGCCCGCGGGAAGAGCGAAGCGUCUGUGUCGACUGCAGCAGCACAGCAUGUACGCCACAACAGGCUGCUCUCUGACACUCCAUCACACAGAAAAGCCAGAACACGAAGACAUCUGUGAGUAUCGUCCCUACUCCUGCCCAUGCCCUGGUGCCUCCUGUAAAUGGCAGGGAUCCUUGGAAGCUGUGAUGUCCCACCUCAUGCACGCCCACAAAAGCAUUACCACCCUUCAGGGAGAAGACAUCGUUUUUCUUGCCACAGACAUUAACCUUCCAGGUGCGGUUGACUGGGUGAUGAUGCAGUCGUGCUUCGGUCACCACUUCAUGCUGGUGCUGGAGAAACAAGAGAAGUACGAAGGUCACCAGCAGUUUUUUGCCAUCGUGCUGCUCAUCGGCACCCGUAAGCAAGCAGAGAACUUUGCAUACAGACUGGAGCUGAAUGGCAACCGCCGCCGGCUGACCUGGGAGGCAACGCCCCGCUCCAUCCACGACGGGGUGGCUGCGGCCAUUCUGAACAGCGACUGCCUAGUUUUUGAUACAGCUAUAGCACACCUUUUUGCUGACAACGGAAACCUCGGCAUUAACGUGACUAUUUCUACAUGUUGUCCGUGAUGUAUUUGCAUAGCUAGCGAAAUCUAGGCUGUCUGGACAUAGCGCUUUACAUUCACCAAGGUUUUUCUUUUUGAUCUGUUUUUUUAAGUUAUAUUCAACUAUGUCAUCCUGUAUGCUAAGGUUCCUAACUAGCCAACAUUUUUAACUUCGGAGAGAAGAGAAACAAGAGUGUCCUGUAAGUAAUAUGAGUGGGAAAAGGUCUUUUUAAAUUCUCGGGUGCCUUAGGAAGAUUCCCCCCACACAGUCACCUUUUUUAAUUUAAUUGUAUUGUAUUUAAAGAGUGCUUCCAUUAGACACGUAGCUUAAGAGACUUGAAGGACUGC